AUGUUCGUUAAGUCUUCCUGUUUAUGGCUGCUGGUAGCAGCUCUGGGCGCAAGCUCUUCGCCACUGGCUGGCCCUACCUCCCAGCCUGUGGCGGUCGGCACAAGUCCUGCCAACAUCUCAACCUUCAUAGAUGACUUUGUCAACCAAUGGAAGUCCAGCCAUCCAGACCUCGAUAGCGCCGAGCUUCAGAGGGUCCUGGUAUCAGCCGAACAAGCCAAAGUCUCCCUCUUGAGCACGACUUCUGGGGAACUGGAGGAACGCUCACCUCUGAAACGGGACUUGCAUCCCACAUCGCCAGCGCCGCCCGUGCCACCCUUCGUGCCGCGGCACAGGCGUCAGCUCCAGACGGCGGGCAACUCGACAAGUGCCAACUCGACCGUCCUGGAAGCCAGGUCGCUUGUCCGCAAGGCCCAGCAGGAGGCCAGCGCCCGAAACAAGGAGCGCUUCGCCAAUCCACGCACAAACGCGUACUGGGCCAAGCAUGGGUCCGGCGCAGCCGGCUUGCGCGCCCGCGCAGAUGAUGUCGCUGCCUUUGCCAUCAACGAGACCAUCGCCGUUGCUGCCGCCAUUGUUGCCGAGGCAGAUUAUGCCCAUAAUGUCCCCGUGGAGUACCCGCCUCUUCCCGACGACAUCAGGCAGCUCAAAGAGCAGAUGUUUGGUCCAACCGGGGCUGACGCCGGGGCUGGCGCUGCUGCGGGCAGCCUCGGCAAGAGGGCUCUGUCGACCUUCUGGAUGGAGGACAUCAGCCACACGGGCAAGGUCCCCUUCGGCGGUUCCGCCAACGACGGGUACAAGGUGUUCCGCAACGUCAAGGACUACGGCGCCAAGGGCGACGGUAAGACGGACGACACCGAGGCCAUCAACAGAGCCAUGAGCGACCAGAACCGCUGUGGCAACAACUGCGGCGCCUCCACGGUCAAGCCCGCCAUCGUCUACUUUCCCUCGGGCACCUACCUCGUCAGCACGCCCAUCACUGCGUACUACAACACUCAGAUGAUUGGAAACGCGAAUGUCCGGCCUAUUAUCAAGGCGGCCAAGUCUUUUACCGGCCUCGGCGUCAUCUCUGUGGACGAGUACACGGGCGGCAAUGGAGGCGCGGAGCAGUGGUACAUCAACCAGAACAACUUUCUUCGUCAGCUCCGCAAUUUCAUAGUGGACGUCCAAGACGCAGACAUGGACGACGUUGCCGGUCUCCACUGGCAAGUAGCCCAGGCUACUAGCAUCCAGAAUGUCGACUUCUACCAGUCACCGUCUACCGACAAGCACCAUAUGGGUAUCUUCGCAGAAAACGGGAGUGGUGGUUUCAUGGGCGAUAUGACCUUCUUUAAUGGCGAGAUUGGCAUUCGAUGUGGAAACCAGCAGUUCACGUCGAUCAACAUGGUCUUCGUCGGCUGCCGCACCGGAAUCGACAUGCUCUGGGACUGGGGCUGGACCUGGAAGGGUCUUCUGAUGAGCACUACCGAAAACGGAAUCCGCAUGUCCGGGGACUUCAGGGGCGGCUCCAUCAUCGUCAUGGACUCGUUCUUGCUGGGCAUGAGUAAGGGUAUCUCAGUUUCCACGCCCGUCGGGAACACCCCCUCCGAGAAGUUUACUAUUACGUUGGACAACGUCGAGGUCUUCGGCGUCGGUAAGGCCGUGGAUCACGAAACGGAUGGCGCCCAGCUCGAGGGAGGCAGCCGCGUCAUUCGAUCCUGGGUCGUCGGCAAGGUUUACGACGAGAAGAACCCCAGUGGCACAUACCAGAGCGGGCCGCUGUCGGCUCUGCACCCAACGGAAGGCUCGCUCAUGAAGGGCGGCGCAUACUAUAGGCGCCAAAAGCCCCAGUAUGAGAACCUUGUCGCCAGCGACUUCAUCAAUGCCGGCACCCUCGCAAAAGGUGACGGCGUUACGGACGACACUUUUGCUUUAUCAAUUAAUCUCGCGUUAGCAGCUGCCACACGUCGUCCGCUGUACAUCCCCUUCGGGUCGUACCUUGUGAAAUCCACUCUGCAAAUUCCGGUCGGGUCCGUGAUUGUAGGCGAGUGUUGGGCCCAAAUCGUCGCCAACGGAGAGUCUUACAGCGACGCUGAUUCCCCAUACACUAUGGUGCAGGUCGGGGACUGGGGCGAAAAGGGGAGCGUCGAGAUCCAGGAUCUCGUCUUCACCACAAAGGGCCCUACACCAGGCGCAGUUCUGAUGGAGUGGAACAUGGCCGAAGACCUGCAGGGCUCUGCUGCCAUGUGGGACUCGCACUUCCGCAUCGGCGGAGCGAUGGGCACCGGCCUGACUGCUGCCGACUGCCCCAAGCUCACUGGUACUAUCAAUCCGAAAUGCGUUGCCGGGUCCAUGUUGCUCCAUAUGACUGGGGGUUCGUCGGGCUAUCUGGAGAAUGUGUGGGCGUGGGUGGCGGACCACGACUUUGACAGCGGCCCGGCACAGACCCAGAUCGAUAUCUACGUCGCUCGUGGCAUCUUGAUCGAAAGCAAGGGCGGCCCUGUCUGGCUCUACGGAACCGCGUCGGAGCAUUGCGUUUUUUAUCAGUAUCUCCUCUUGGAAGCACAGGACGUGUUUAUGGGCAACAUUCAAACAGAAAGCCCGUACUACCUGCCAAAGCCCAAGGCGCCUGCCCCGUUCACGGACCAGGUCGGGCUCUUCAACGGGGAUCCCGACUUCAGCGAGUGCCCAGAGUCGGAGCCGCACUGCGCAGCUGCCUGGGCAUUGAUGAUUUCAGGGUCAACCAACGUUCACAUCUUUGGCGCGGGGUUGUAUAACUGGUUCGACGACUACACGCAGGACUGCAUCGACACGCAAACCUGCCAGAAGCAUCUCGUCCACGUGGAAGAGAGCGGACAGAUCUGGUUCUAUAACCUCUAUACCAUUGGGUCAGCCAACAUGAUUGACGCAGAGGGGUCCGAUCCCAUUCCGGCCAAGGACAACAUCAACACCAACGAACAUCCGUUCACCUCCGUCAUUAACGCAUGGCUGCUGUCUUCUUCCGGAUCCGGAAAUGUCGACAACGACCUGGCAGACCAGGUUAUCCUGGGCACAAUGCUCCCACCUUGCCCAUCCAAAUACGACACGCUGGAGAAUGUCGAAAAGUCCAAGUCGAGCAUCCCGCAACACUGUCUCGACAAGUACCUCCUUCAGACGCAGCUCAACACCCUCGGCACUGCCCUUUCUGACUAUAACAGCAUCUUGAGGGACGGGUACGACGACAAGUUCAAGGCCUAUCAAAGGUCAGUCUUGCAACAAGUCCCAGACCAGAUCAACAAGUUCAUGGAGGGGGCCCAGGCCUCGGGCAACUGGACCUGUACCGAGACUCGGACCGUCAUCUGCUGCAGAGGUUGCCAGAAUCAUGCGGCGUGCACGAACCCCAUGUGCGACUUUUCCACCGACUGCAAGCCCGGCACCACCAAGAAGACAACUACCGUCGACUGCCCUGCGUCCAUAUCAAAUAACUUACGUGAGCAGCUGCCGGUCCCCGUCGAGACGACCUACACGCUCAAGAACGAGCAGGGCUUCUGGGAGGGCCUGAUGGCCGCGUACGGCAUCCCGCAGGACUGGGUCAACAUUGGGGAGCGGCUUGCGUACUUUGGAAAGGGCUGCGAAGGCGUCGCAGGCGACAGGACGUCGCCGGACACCUCGACCGAGUGCUUCAAGAAGUCAUCCGUCUACUGGCACAACUUCCCGACGAUGAAGCCGGGCGCGGCCAUGGACGACCCCAAGGACAGCGUCAGCAAGUCUUACGACACGUUCAAGAACAUCUACGACCGCGCCACCGUGUCCCUCGGGUUCGCCCAGUGGAACCUGUACGAGGCCAGCUCCACCGACAUGCUGGCCACCGCGGCCCUGCCGGCCAUGCUCCUGACCGACGCCGUCGACAACAUGCGCCAGAUCGCCAAGGCGGGCGAGGAGAUCAUUGAGCGCGAGCGCAAGCAGAACAUCCUCUUCUGGCUCAACAUGGUCCUCAUGAUGAUCCCCGCGGCCGGACAGGUGGCCAGCAGCCUGGGCCGCGUCGCCAUCGCCGUCGCCCUCCGCGUCGUGGGCGAGGCCGCCACCGCCGCCCUGACGCUGUACGAGCUCGUCGACGAUCCAAAGAACGCCCUGAUGACCAUGAUGGGCUUCUUCCUCGGCGGCGGCCUCUCGCGCCAGCCCUUCCGCGAAGCCGCCGCCGCCCGCCGCGGCAUGCCCAAGUCGCAGUUCGAAAAGCUGCCGCCCAGGAUCAGGACGGACCUGGGGCGCAUCCAAACCGUUAGGAACGUGUGCCGCGCGCGUUCGUAG